AUGGAUGUGGGGCCAUUUAGCAGGAAACAGUGGGCAUCACAAUCGCUAAGAAUCACAGCCAAAGAGCUCUCAUUGGUUGGGAGUCGUGGCAAGAACAAUGCCAUAACUGAGCGCUUUUCCAAAUAUCAGAAAGCCGCAGAGGAAACAAGUGCAGAAAAGAAAAAAUCAUCUGUUGACAGUGUGCCUCUGUCCCUGCGAUCAGGAAACCUGAGUGUUUUGAAGAAACGCUGGGAACAGACACAUCAGAAGAAAUCGGCUCCUCAGCUGAGUGUGGCACCUGUGAGCCUGACAGCUCGGUCUGCUUCCUGCAAACCCAGCAGUCCUCCAGAACCACCUGCUUCCUCCAGCAAACUCAUGCGACAGCCCAGCCUGACUCAAGAGUCAACCUCCCAUGAGAAAACUACAAAAAUAAAGCCAGAAAUGGAGACUGAACAAACAAAGUGUGUAAAAGAGGAUGAAAAAAAUAUGACUGCAACCGAUCCAUGUUCCCCUGUGGAGAAACCAGCCCUGCCCCUCAAAAACCUAAAAAUGAAAUAUGAAAAGGGCAAAAGCAAGCCCGCCACAGCACAAAUAUUCUGCGAGGCCACACCCAAGUUAAAAGAUUUGGAGGCCGCCAUACUCCUGGUCGAGUGCGCUCUGACCCGAAUAGUCUACGCUGUGCCUCAGCAACAGCGGGACCACUACCAGCGGGAUCACGAGCCUGGCCAUUCUCAUCAAACACGAGUGCUGACCGUGCAUGCUCAGCUCCUAAACAAACAACACAUAGAUCAUGUGUAUCUCCUGCUGCCAGAUAUCGUGGGCAGGGAGGAACACAACGUGCAAGCAGACAUGAAAAGCAGCUCCGAGGAUGUGGACACACAAAUGGACAACAAAGCUGAUACCCAGGCUACGCUGCACAGGGAUGUUAUCCGUGGCAAAGUCCAGGUCUUUAAUGCUAUUUGCAAGGUCUUCGGGGGAAAUUCAGCCACGACAGCUGCACUGUUUGAUGCGAUCUUGUGCAACCGGAGGCUGUUGUGGAAGAGCAUCUCCUGUGCCCUCUUCACCAAGUUGAUGGCCUCGGAAGUUGAGAUCAUCGAUGGACGGAGCAGGUUGGUGAUCUUUGUCGGUGCAGUGGAAGACGGAGAACUUCAGGUGGCUGGAGCAGGGCAGAAGUGGCAUGGUGACUCUGAAACUGGGAUCGUUUCUUGCUUUGGCUUGGUUCUGAAUGAAGUCAACGAACACGCCGAAUGGGGGAAAGGAAAUCUGAUGCUGUUGCUUUAUCUGAGAGCCCCCUGUGGAGACGAUCUGGUUCCUAGUGAUGAACUUCGCCAGGUCAACAGUCGGGGAGCUGUGUCCAUCUUGAGCAGACGUGUGACGAGGCGAGCUCUGCAAGCGAUGUUGCUGGAUGCUGUACUGGAGGUCUUAUGGCUGGCUGCGUUGGAGGACGUGCAGGUGGAAGCGGGAGAGCAUGUACACACAACAAGUCCCAGUGGAGCAACAGUUUUUUCAGAGAACAAGGACGCUCCUAAAGAGACCAGGAAAUUUCAUCUGCCUGUCCAGGAAAGAUGUGUAUCCUGCCAGAAGACUGUUUACCCAUUAGAGAAACAUGUUGCCAAUCAGCAGAUUUACCACAAGACUUGCUUCCGCUGUGCCUUUUGUAGUACAAAGCUCAGUUUGGGGACAUAUGCUUCUCUACAUGGCAAUAUCUACUGUAAACCUCACUUCAGCCAGCUAUUCAAGUCUAAGGGCAACUAUGAUGAGGGCUUUGGCCAUCGACCACACAAAGAAACGUGGACACCACGAACAAACAAGGAAGAAGCUGAGGAAGGUGAAAACUCAAAGCCAUUUGGUCAAGACUCUUUGUUAGUGAAGCCAACAGAACAACUGAGCCCUAAAGUGGAGAAGUCACCACUGGCCAAAUUCACUGACCUGGCUGCAGUUCUAGAGAAAAAAAAUCAAAUGACCAGUUUCACAGAAAAACCACAAACCACUUCUGUGGAAACAAGAAAACUGAGAGUUGUGUGGCCACCUCCUGCAGACAGUGAUGGAAGCUCCAAAGUCUCCAGUCCAGCCACUGAAGUUGGAAAGGGUUCAUCCAAGCUUUUCAGAGCAAAGUGGCCUCCAGAGGAAGAAGCUCCACCUGCACAGCAGAUCCCUGAAAGAGCAGAACUGAGAAGUCUGCGACGUAGUUCCUCACUCAAAGAGCGGAGCCGUCCCUUUUCUGUGGCACCAAGCUUAGCAUUAUCUAAUGCUUCAAAACAAGAGUCACCAUUAUUUCACAAGGUUGCUUUGGUCAGACAAGGUUCGGUGGAGGAUCUUCGUUCAUGUUCAAAAGUGAAAACAGACAAAACUGAAGUGCAAAAGGAGGCAAAAAUCCCAGAUGAAAAGACAAAGGACAGCAACAACAUAUCCAAGGAGAAUGUUAAAAGUCCAGUCAUACUUGAUAGGAAAGACAAGAUAUCCCCUUCUAUGCUCAAACAGACACAACAAACAAAAGAGGAAGUUGAGCCACAACAAACAAAAAAUGAAGCUGGUCUACAACAAACAAAUAAAGAGUCUCAGACUCAACUAACAAAAAAGCAGCCUGAGCUAAAACAACAUGAGUUUCCAAAAGGUCAUGUGGAAGAUGAGGAAAAAACGGUGAAAUGCUUAAGCACUUCUCCUGAGCUCCAGUCCUCCCAAGACAUAUCCUCUCCAACUGUAGAAGAAAAAGCCCUUAGGAAAUCUCAGGAUGUUGGCAUCUGGGAUGGAGAGGAGGCUGAGGAGUCCCUGACUGUAGAGGAGAUGAUCAAGAGGAAUCGUUACUAUGAAGAUGAAGACGAGGAGGAGGAGGAAGUGGCAAUAGUUUGAUCAUAUACAACUUCAAUCCCUUCCAUUUAUUAUUUAAUUUGAAAAUAUUGCUGGUAUAAAUUCAACAUAAAAAAAGUAUUUUAUAAUAUUUUACCCAAGUUCUAUGGUACUGUACAUCUUUUCU